AUGGCGCUUGUGCGAAGAGACUCUGCUGAUGAACCGCGCGUAUACUCGUUAGGUAGCGGGGACGUUAGCCCGUAUACCGCGUGUAACUACGAGUACCCGGCCGACCAGCAGGCUGACUUGUUGAUCGCGAGGCAAGAAGCGGAGAGUGCCAAGGAGAACUCCUACAACAUUUGCAGGGGCAUAUUUCUACGUGCUCUCGCGUGUGUAUAUUUCUUAUCCUUUCUGGGACACUUUAAUCAAGAUGUGGGACUGAUCGGACAGGAUGGUGUGUGGCCAGCCGUUGUGCAUAUGGCCGACUUGGCGAGCAGUAAACGGGGGGUGUUCUUGCCGGACGUUUCAGCUUUCCUGCCAAUAUGCGACACCUGUAUCCGUGUGAUUCCCAUCGUUGGCAUGGCACUCAGCCUGCUCGUGGGAGUCACUGGCAUGGCAAGUGUGGCGCUGUGUCUCAUGCUCUGGUUCUGCAAGCUCGCGUUGAUCGCCCUUAGGUCCACACUCCCAACGCACAAUGCAGACUUGCUCUUGCUGGAAGCGGGCUUUAUCGCCAUAUUCCUGCUCUCGCCGUUCUCGCUCCUUGAAAAGCCGGACAAGCAUUGGGAGGUGCCCAUGGCAUGCAGGUGGGCAUACCGCUUGCUGGUGUACCGCAUCAUGUUCUGCUCCGGUCUAUCCAAAAUACGCGGAAGCGCACACUGGGCCGAUGGAACAGCUUUCAAGUAUUUGCUGCUGGAUGUGCCCCUCCCUAACCCUUUGACGCACCUCUUCUUCAAUCUGUUGGACGCACAGCCGCUGCUCAACGCCUUUGCCACCAACGCGUUGUUGUUCGUCGAAUGCGUCGCCUCGAUAUUUUUGCUAGUGAGCGCGCGUGCCUGCAGGGUCGUUGGUGGAUGCGUCGCGCUUAAUUACGCGCUCUUUAUGAAUUGCAUCGGAAACUUCGGGACCUUCUACAUGCUGCUGGGAGCCUGCACGCUAUUCUGCUUCGAUGACGCAACACUUCAAACCCUAUGGAAAAACAGUUUUCACAAGAUAUGGAAGCUGUAUAAGGAUGAUGAGGGUGACGAAGUUGCUCCUGUUUCGCCCCUGCAGCAGGUGUCUGAUGACGUUGAAGAGCAGAGUAGCGACCAAGAGGCGAACGAGACUUUCGGUUCCAAGUUGGUCAACGCCGUGACCUACAGGGCGAAGAAAAAGUACAUAAGGGACGCGCUAUUCUCCAAUGAUUCAUUUGGUAUGACCUGGACGCAGGAACAGCACAUUUACACGCAACGUAUCAUACAGCUCGUAAUCGUCUUCAUUACGGCGAUCGUAGCAGCGAAUAUCGUAAUAGGGAGGUCAAACGUGGGCCUAAAGGCGCUACUCAUAUUCUGUCUCGCCCUCAUCAUCCACGUCCAAUGCGACUCCAUCGGAACGCACGAAAUAUACAUCACCGCCGCCGGCACGCUAUUCGCAUUGCAUAUGUGGUUGGUGCUGGAAUUCAUGACCGCCGGAUUCAGCGUGUGGAGCUUCUGGCUGUGGAUAGGAGUUACUGAAUUGCAACUGGGACUCUGUCACACCAAGCGCAAGCUCUAUACCAUGUGCAGCUACAUACUGCAAUCUGUGAUUGCGCUGGUUAUAUGCUGCUACGCCAUGCCGUUGCUCAUUCGCUCGGCCAAAUAUAACAGCGCGGUGGCCGGAAUAAAGGCGCCCCUCGGUAUAGUUAACAGCUAUGACGGUUUUGGGGUGCUCCCCGACCAGCGGUAUGAGCUCGUCGUACAGGGCACUGACGAGCCCGUUGUGACGGCCGCCACUAAGUGGAAGCAAUACGAGCUGCCUUGCGCACCAGGAGAUACCACACGAAUGCCUCUAAUGGUGCCCGGAUACACUUUCGAGCUGGACAACUUAAUCCAUGAUUUCGCAAGCCAAGGCGCACAUCCAGAACCCACGGCUGUGCCAAGGUUCAUGUUGGAGCUCUUACGUGCGUUACUUCACAACAAGCCUGCAGCCACGGCGCUGUUCCGCAGCAAUCCCUUCCAAAAGGGUGCGCCCAAAUUCGUCAGGGUAAUGCAGUAUGCCUACGGAUUUGCAAACUCAAAGGAGGACGGGUGGUAUGUGCGCUUCCCGCAUACGCAACUCGUGCCCCCGCUUACGUUGGAGCACCGUACGUCGCACGCGGAACACGCCGGGGCUAAACAUGCUGAUAAGGCGCACAAGAGCCCUGCCCAUGUGAUGCAACACCUCGCUGCGUCACGCCACCCUGCGACGGUGUUGCACGUUGUGCAUGACAUGCCUCCCGCGAGAAACAUUCGCGGCGUCCCUCUGGAGCUGGCGGACGCGUUUACGCAAAACACGCCGCCCACUGACUCUCUCAUGCUUACCCGAGUGUAA